AUGUCAAUUGUCCAGGAAAACGCCUGUGGUGUUAACACUCAAUUGGAUCGUCUCCAACAGAGUAUCCGCCCAGAGAAACUUCUGUACACCGAAGAAGCACCAACCCAUCACUUGCUUCGUCUCCAAGAUGUAAUCAACACUAUUUCUGUGACAUCCAAGACCCAAUCCCUCUUACCAGCCGAUCGUCUGGUGGAACUACUCUCGGAUCCCAUCUUCACAAAUCAAUUGCCUACUCCGGGACCAGCUAAUGCACAAGUGUCAGACUACUUAUGGCUAGUUACCGCCAAAGCUGCUAUUCAGACGUCGGGACUUCUGAUGCACAGUUUGCUCGAUCAGACCCUACAACUUCAUGAGGAGACGUAUUACUGGAAUGAGACCCUAGGUUCUGUGUGGUACAGUGGCCUAUAUGCAGUGCAGACAUCACCUGUACAACUAUGGAAUUGGAUCAAGGAUUUCCGCUCAGAGCAUAGUGUUCAAGGAAGUCUACAAGCUUCACUAUCAAGGUCAAUUGCAGCGAGAUGGGGACAGUUCUACCAGAUCGCGCGACAAAGCAUUCAUGGCAAAUACCCCCUCCAGACAACCUGGUCAUUCCCCAUUCGAUCAUGCCGAUCGGAAAUCCGUCAAAAAAGAGACUUUUUGCUGGCCAGGAAAGAUAUCUAUGCUAGUAGCCUUGGACUCCUCAUGGAAGAGUGGCAUUCCUUCCAAGAGGAGAAAUUUACCACAACAGACUCACAAUCAUCACGACGGGAAUGGCAGGAAAAGGUAUCCAGGACAGUGGCCUUGACCCAGACAAUUCUGGAUCAGAUGGCCAAUCAGUCAACGGGCAUGAAAUUCGAACAACAGGUGUUUACCACCGUGGAGAAUGACAUGGAGAGUGUACAGAUGCAGUCUAGCGAUGCAUUCCACGUUCAGCGACCAGUGGAACUGAUCCAGCGCCUGGUGUUAAUGCUUCAGCAACAACUCCCAGAGCACGGAAAAUCUACCACUGCAUUUAUUCGCACCAAUGGGCGCCCAUCUGGGGUGAUUCGUUACUGGCUACCGUUGUCCGUGGCUUUUCUGUCGAGUAGCGCUUCGCUCCGGUUCUUGAUGCGUCGCCAGGACGAAAUUAUCGAGUGGAUCAUGAACAUCGGCGCGACCUUCAUUGACUUUGGAGUGAACUGGGUCGUAGAUCCGAUCCAUAAACUGAUAGGAACUAUCAGGCAUAAUGAUAAAAGCGAAAUUGCCAUCAUGAGCAAGAACAGCCUGGAGGCUGACCGAGCUAGUUUGGAAAGGAUGGUUCUUGAUUUUGUUCAGGACCAUCCCGAUUCAAGCCAAGGAAACAUGACUUCAGAAGAUACAAUCACUAUCACAAAUGCGGUCAAGGAAGGUGAUUUAACGCCGGUGCUACGAGCCUACGAGAGAGACCUUCGUUCCCCAUUCAUGGGAACAGUUCGAGGAGACUUAAUCCGUGCUCUUUUAAUCCAGAUUCAAAAGACCAAGGUAGACGUUGAAAUUGCCAUUAGUGGCAUCAACGCUCUGCUCAAGAGCCAGGAGCUUGUUUUCGGAUUCGUGGGUCUCACGCCUGGUAUACUGGUCUCGUACACUGCUCUACAAUGGUUCUUUGGGCUGUUCGGGAGUAGACGGGGCCUACAGCGAGGCAAGAAAAAGCACGAACUACGUCGUGGGCUACGAACUGUUACUCGCAUACUGUCAUCUGCAUCGGUCUCCGAUGGAAUCAUCUCCUACCGGGACUCGGGACGACUCAUCUGUGAAGCGGAGGCUUUGCUGCAACAGGUGAAAGCAAUGCUUGGAAGCAUGCAAUAUCAGGAGUUCCGAGAAGAUAUCCAAGACUUGCUCGAUAUGCAAAGCGGAGUCGAGAAGCAAAUCCGGGUGGUGGACAGAAUCAGGUGGACUUAUUUCCAGUAA